AACCAGUACAAAUUCGCGAUGCCUAGGGUUUUGAGGAAUUAACGAAGUGCUGCCUCAGUGCCUCUUCCCACAGAGAGCCGUCGCUGAGCUCGCAGUGAUUCCUCACUCGCUCAACAAUGGCCGUCGGGAAGAACAAGAGGAUUUCGAAGGGAAAGAAAGGAGGAAAGAAGAAAGCAGCUGAUCCAUUCACGAAGAAAGAUUGGUAUGAUAUCAAGGCUCCAUCCCUCUUUACCGUCCGGAAUGUUGGGAAAACUCUCGUCACCAGAACUCAAGGGACAAAGAUUGCUUCAGAAGGACUCAAACACCGUGUUUUCGAAGUCUCCUUGGCUGACCUUCAAGGUGAUGAGGAUCAUUCCUACAGAAAGAUCAGACUGAGAGCUGAGGAUGUUCAAGGAAAAAAUGUUCUGACCAACUUUUGGGGAAUGGAUUUUACCACUGACAAGCUGAGGUCGCUGGUGCGCAAGUGGCAAACAUUGAUCGAGGCUCACGUUGAUGUGAAAACAACUGACAACUUUACUUUAAGGUUGUUCUGCAUUGGGUUCACUAAGAAGCGUGUAAACCAGCAGAAGAGAACCUGUUAUGCACAAUCGAGCCAGAUAAAGCAGAUCCGCCAAAAGAUGCGGGAGAUCAUGGUAAACCAGUCACAAUCUUGUGAUCUGAAGGAUUUGGUCCUCAAAUUCAUUCCUGAAUCAAUUGGCAGGGAGAUUGAGAAAGCAACAUCUAGCAUCUAUCCUCUCCAAAAUGUGUUCAUUCGUAAAGUGAAGAUCUUGAAAGCUCCUAAGUUUGAUCUUAGCAAGUUGAUGGAGGUUCACGGUGAUUAUUCUACUGAGGAUGUUGGAGUGAAAAUGGAAAGGCCUGCUGAGGAUCCUGUGCCUGAAGAGGGAGCAGCAGCUGAGUAAAGCUUAAAUGAAGUUAAAAGGAAUAUGCUUUCAUUUUUCGUUUUAAGUUAUUGAGCUGCUUCAUGCUCUGAUGAAGGAACAAACUAGAUUUUAAGUGAAUUCGUAUUAUGUAGUCAGAAUUUUGAUCUCGAGGAGAACACACUUCCGUGCCUUUUUUUUCUCCCUUAAUGUGGUCAAUUUCUAGUAUCGCUUAUGUAAACCCCUCUGAAAUAGACGUGAUAUGUUUGAUUUCUACCCCGAUGAUUUGUUUUUCGUGUA